GAACACUGUUUUAUUGAUCGCGUAAUUUUAUGUUUAUACAGGUAGUUGACCUAGCUAUUUGUUAAAAAUGUAAACAUUUUGCAAAACCGGAUAUCACAUUUAAAUAUAAGAAUGUAUUAAAAUGUGAAAGGAUUACCCUGGCCCCAUGUGAGUGUUAUAUAGUCAUGUCAAAGUAUAACGACUCGACAUAUUAUAGCGGUACUAAUGUUGAUAUUGGAUUAGCCAAUUACAACACCCGGAAUGAAGACCAACAAUCACAACAACACAAAGGGGCAGUUGACAUUACGAAAAUUUUAGAGAAACUAAAAUAUUACUCCGUUAUAGCAAUGGUGUUAGGGUUUCUUACGAUUGUGUCAGGUGCCACAACUCUUGGAGUGGCUUCCAAAAAUAUUGGAUUUCCUGUCUUCAACUUUGGACCUCUUCUUGUCGGAAUUAUUUUUUUUAUUUGCGGUUCGGUCGGAUACAAUGCGUGCACAAAGGCAAAAUCAGCGGAAAGUUCUUCUGAAGGUGUAUCAUAUGGAAGAUGCGGAAUCAUUGCCAUAUUUGCUCUUUGUGUCACGAAUAUAAGUCUCUCCAUUUUGUCGGCAGUGUUCGCAUUUCUCUCGGGAGCGGUCUGUGCGGGUGCAGAUAUUACCUUCUACAAUAGAAACAAUAAUAUUCGUACGAAACUUGACGUCAAGCAAUUCUGCUCACCACACAACACGGCCAAUACAGUGUUAGCGUUUAUUGACGGCGGUUUGUGCGUUACGAUUACCGUCUGGUGCAUAAUUGGAACACUGUUCUUCUGUUGCUAUGGAAGAUAUUUUGGAAUUAAAGGCAGACGAAGAGGAUUUUAAUGUAGAAAUAUCAAAGCAAUUACAUUUAUUGAAUCGUUAAAGAUCUGUUGCUCAAGAAUGGAUUGUACAGUGUAAUUAUAUAUUAAAAUUAGAAAAAAUGA